GUUUUUGUAAGGCGAAAUGGCGGAGCGUCUGAUGCCAGCCUGGCUUUGACCGGGCGUUUACAUCAAAGAAAAAGGGAAGAAAACUAUCUCCAGAGUAAGACAGAAGCAGCUGAAACAGUUUAUGGUUGGGGUGACCGGUGUCCCUGAUGAUCUUCCAGGCCUUCUUACUGCACCUGCUGCUAUAAAUGUCUUCAAUGGAGGGAAGUUCACAUCCACCGAUGCACUGGGCUGUCCGUUCUACUCUCUGCAGUGCCCAGCAAUCAAGGCUACCAAUAAUCAUAGACGUAUAAGAAAUGGAGCCACAACCAGACAGAAUGAAAACUCCAGCUUUUCUAGCUGACUUGGGCAAACCCACACUACGGGGCAUUAAGAAGUGUCCAAAGUGUGGCACGUUCAAUGGUACUCGAGGGCUGAGCUGUAAGAAUAAAAGCUGUGGCGCUGUCUUCAGGGAUGGAGCUCGAAAGCAACAACCCAGUGUUGACGCAGUUCGAAUUGUGACCGGAUCUUCUUCACAGGUGUACUCAGUGAGGCUUCGGGAUCGAGGACCUGACUAUAGAGGCUUUGUGGAACUGGGCACAACCGAGGCAAUACAGACGGUGGAUGGGACCAUUAUCACCCACAUUACGGGCCGGUGUUUGGUCCCCACUUGUUUCAAAGUGUCUUCUCAAGGAGGUGCGGAGAAUCAGUGUCAGCACAUUAAGCUCGCUGUUGAGUGUCACAUGGAGGCCACUCCACACACCCUGAAGAGCUCUGUCCUCAACUCUCUCCAAGUGACCACGGAAACGAAGCAGGCUAUCUGGACCUUGGCAACGGAAUCGAGUGGGCCCCUGGUGCAGCGCAUCACCAAGACCAUCAUGGUGGUGAAGUGCAAAGCCAGCCCAAAGCACAGCCUAGGGUUUCUGCACGUCUCCUUCCAUGAGAAAACUAGAACUAAAGGCGUUAUGGAGCACAAAUUCCACUGCUCGUGCCAGGCAUUCAAAGCCAGCAAAUCAAGCACCAGCAAAGAGGAGACACCCAAACAUUGCAUCCACUUUUAUGCCUGCGUCUGUGCAUUUGCUAGUGAUGAGAAGUUAGGGCAAGAAUUCUCAUAUUUCAUCAACUUUGAUUCUGUAGGGCUUCAGCCAAAUUCUGAGCGGCGACUGCUGGCAGUUUAUCCCCAGGACUACACAGCUCAGGCUGGAGCCAAUGCCAUUUCAAAAGCAAAGAAGAGGAAAAAGGACGAUGUAAUGGUGGCGAGCCAGCCCAUUGACGAAUCACAAGUGAACCUAUCAUUUCAAGAAUGGCUUGCUAGUGUCACUGAACGGAUCAACCAGACUAUGCAUUACCAGUUCGAUGGCAAGCCGGAGCCACUGGUGUUCCACGUCCCACAGGCUUUCUUCGAUGCUCUGCAGCAGAGGAUUUCCAUGGGCAGUAAAAAGAAGCGGCUUCCCAACUCUACCACAGGUUUUGUUCGGAAGGAUGCAUUACCCCUGGGAACGUUCUCCAAGUACACCUGGCAGAUCACAAAUAUUCUUCAGAUCAAACAGAUAUUUGAUACCCCCGAGAUGCCACUGGAAGUUACCCGGAGUUUUAUUGAAAACCGUGAUGGCACCUAUGAGUUGUUCAAGUGCCCAAAGGUUCAGGUGGAAAACAUUGCUGAAGCUUACAGUCGAGUGGAAAAGCAGCCAACAAUUCGGCCACUGGAACUCAAGACCUUCCUGAGAGUAGGGAACAUGUCCCCUGACCAGAAAGAACCGACUCCUUUUAUCAUUGAAUGGAUUCCAGAUAUUUUGCCUCGAUCAAAGAUCGGUGAAAUGAGGAUUAAGUUUGAGUAUGGUCACCACCGGAAUGGACAUAUUGAAUAUCGAGAGCAGCAAACCUCCCCAGAACAGACUGUUGAACUGAGUCCUUCCCUAACCACCGUCAAUAUUCACUGAAAUCUGGGCUUCAUGCGGUCUUCACUAAUACCACCUGUGCAGGUAGAGGAAUUAAAGAGGGUCCACCACAGCGUUCAAACGGGUAACUCCGCAAGAUCCUGGAGUGUGGCUCAAAACUGCACACAUUUGGAACCUCUGGGCAGCAAACUCAUGAACUGAGUUGUAAGCUGCUUGACAUGUUUAAUCCUAUGCAAUUUCAGCCCAAAGUGAUCAUCAAUAUAAAGUAUGAAAACACAUCAUAGUAUUUAAAAGAUUCAUUGUAUGAGGAUAUGAAUUUGUAUUUCCCUCAUUGUCUGGGAGACUGUCAACAUCCACAGACUAACUGUGUUGUCAUUUUAAAAUGGGAACAUGUUCUUUGUAUGUGGCUUAAUUUUUCUAAGAUUUGCUUGUGGCAUAUAUACUUGUGACAAAGAUCCAAAGAAAUGUAUAUCUCGCCUCACAAAAGUAGGGAAUUUGUUAUUUAAGUUUGUCGUAUUUGUCACAAAGACAUUUUUACUAGGACGGUGACAAGACUGCAAGAGCGUACAGCUGAGCAGAAACUUCGUUUCCUAGCAGCCAUUUGACACCUGUAAUUCAUUUCUGUCAGGGAAAGAGGAGUACACUUUCUAAAAUGUAAAAUAAAAGCUGAAAAUACUCAACAGGUUAGGCAGCAUCUCUGGUAAGAGAACUCAAUUACCUUUCCACAGGUCUGGCAAAUCAAGAGAGAGGCUUUGACUUGCUGAUUAUUUCCAGCAUUUUAAGUCAUUCCGUUUGCAGAUUUUUCCUUUGCUUUGAAGCUUUCUAAAUGUUACCUUCAGAACAGAACAGUAAAGACAAGAAUUUUCAACUUUAUAGUAACUUUUUAAAAAGAUAAAUCAUUUGUAGUAUCUCCUGUCAGUGGUCUGUUUGUUGUAUGCAAUGUGUGUGAACAGGAGACAGUGGGAACUGAGUAAUUCUGUGUUGAUAUAGUUGGGUCUUUGGAAUGCCUCAGAAUACUUCACAAGUUUUUUUUGAGUGAAGCUACUAUUCAACAGGUAAACAAAGUCCCACUAAUUGCAAAUGAAACUAUUUGCAGUUUUUUUGUGUGGUUAGUGGUCAGGGUUGGAUUGUUGACCAUGACAAUCUACUGCCUUUUGAAUCUUUAUGCAGAAUCUAGUACAUUCACUUGAAAAGCAGCUAUGGUCUCAGUUCAGCUGUGUACACCACCCUUCCAUACUAUCAACUAUAUUGUCUAUUGUCAACUAGGUAUAUGUAUAUUGUCAAUUAGGAUCAUUUCAUUAGAUACCAGAGUGCAGCUCAAACCUGCAACCUUCUAUCUCAGGGGAGAGAGUUAAUAGGAAAAGGUAGAUGGCCAUUUUUUUUGUUCUUCUCUGCUAAUUCUAUAGCGGGACCUUUAAAAUGCAGCAUUUUUUAAGCUUGCAAUUUAUAUAGUACUUUUCACAAACUCAGGACAUCUGUAAGUGCUUCCUAGCCAAUUAAGUAUUUUGAAAAUUUAAACACCUUCGAUUUGUGUGGCAUUGUGGCAGCCAUUCUGUGAACUACAAGGACACACAAAUACCAAUGAGAUUAUAACCAGAUAAUCUUAGUUUUAUCAUGUUGGUAAGGGGAUUAAAAACUGACUUAAACAAGUAAAUUAGUAUGCUGUUUAAAAUAAUGCCAUGGAAUUAUCUACAAUCACUUUUUAAUAGCUUAACCUGAAGACUAUCUGUGACAUUGCAGCACUUCCUCAACACUGCACUGAAAUGGGACCCUAAAUUAUAAAUUCAAGUACUCCCUAUCUCCACCCCUAGUUUAGGGACUCGGGAGAGUGUUAUCAUUGCCCAAGGUUUAGCGCUUUGCAUUAAAUUGAUAGAAUUACAACAUUUCUUGACUCUUCUGGGCUGGAUGACAAGUUCCUCCAUACAUUCUCCUGAUUUAUUCUGAUGUUCCAGGCUUCACUUAUUUGAUCAUUGGGAUCCUAAAAUACAGCUCUGAUUUGGUGAAGCACUGAUCUCUGCUGCUUGUAAACUAAGAGUACACAAUCUAGAAGGCAGUAUAGUAGACAUGGUAUAACAAUCUGACCGAUUUACUGCCAUCAACUCUAGUUCCAGACUGGCUUGGCGUAGUGGUACCCAGAAGGGAGUGCCUUUUGCCAGCAGCUAAAAUGCCUGCAUUUGCUUUCUGUUACCCAGGUGGCUGAGUAGGCUUCCAAAGCUAUCACUUUGUCAAAGUCUACCUGCAGAUUUGAGUUUGGCAGUCAAUAUAUUCUGGAGUGCAGUAGAUACUGUUCUGUCAGAGAAGCCCCCAUGCUGUUGAGAGCAAUUACAACUAUUUGGAGUCUAAGCAUUUAAAUUCCUCUGUUCUGUUGUUCAGAUCACAGGGAGACCGAGCAAAGUUAACUGUGUUGACACCACGUUAUCAGGAUCACUUCAGAUUUCCAGAUUUCUAAUGGAUUAUGUUAUACAGUACCUCAAGAAACCAUGUGGAUGUACAGAAAGCAUUAACUGGUUUAUUCCUGCCUGGCGAUUUUGAAACUGACAGUUUUGUGGGAAGCGCUUGGAAUAAAUUCUACCUACAUAAGGAAUUGUACUUUGGUCUUCCAUCAUUGUGUCCACAGUAACACAUUAUAAGGCUUUGCAUUCUCCCAAAUUUGUAGUUUGCUGAGUAAUUUUAUAUAUAUUUUUGAAAAGAAAUACUACUACUGUAAGUGCAGCAUUGAUAAUGUAGGGCGAGCAAGCUCCUGUGCAUUUAUUUAUUUAUUUAUAGAGACCGUGCAGAAUUGGCGCUUCGAUCCACACACCUAGCAAUCCUGUAGUGUAAUCCUAGCCUAAUCAUGGGACAAUUUACAACGACUAAUUAACCUACCAACUGGUAGGCCUUCGGACUGUGGGUGGAAACCAGAGCACCUGGGUGAAAUCCACGCAGUAACGGAAGAACAUACAAACUCCUUACAGACAACAGCAGGAAUUGAACCCAGGUCACUGGUACUGUAAAGUGUUGUGCUAAUUCCUAUGCGACCAUGCCGCCCUAUAGUGAGGUGUUAGCUGACAGGUCUGUGGUCACCAUGGUAAGAUCAUUACAGAAUCAACAAACUCAUUCGUAAGGCCAGUGGUGUUGUGGGGAUGGAACUGGACUCUCUCACAGUGGUGUCUGAAAAGAGGAUGCUGUCCAAGUUGCAUGCUAUCUUGGACAAUGUCUCCCAUCCACUACAUAAUGUACUGGUUGGGCACAGGAGUACAUUCAGCCAGAGACUCAUUCCACCAAGAUGCAACACAGAGUGUCAUAGAAGGUCAUUCCUGCCUGUGGCCAUCAAAAUUUACAACUCCUCCCUUGGAGGUUCAGACACCUUGAGCCAAUAGGCUGGUCCUGGACUUAUUUCCUGGCAUAAUUGACAUAUUACUAUUUAACUAUUUAUGGUUUUAUUACUAUUUAAUUAUUUAUGGAGCAACUGUAACGAAAACCAAUUUCCCCUGGGAUCAAUAAAGUAUGACUAUUAUAAGGAAUUCACAUCUCUGCAUUCUUCAAAGUUCAAAGUAAAUUUGUUGUGUAAGUACAUAUAUCACCAUGUUAGAUGUGACUUAACAAUAUAAAACAUGGCUCAGUUGAUCAAAGGGAAAAUUUGUAAGGAAAGGGUUUGUUUUGCCAGUGACCUGUUACUGCAGCUCGAAGCCAUUAUUUGGAAUUCCUCAGGGAGACAUCCUUGGUUCAAUCAAUGCCAGCACCUGCCCCCCCCCCCCAUAAUUAAGUCAGGCACUUGCUAUUUAUGAAUGCUUGUAUAGUAUUCAGUUCCAUUCCUGGCAGUGUUGAUAAAGGAGCCCAAACUACAGUGAGUACAGUGAAUCAUUCCAUACUUUAGAGGUGGCACAUUAGUGUAGUGGUUAGCGCAAUCACUUUACAGGGCCAGCGAUCACCGAUCAGGGAUCAAUUCCUGCCACGUAAUGAGGUUAUAUGUUCUCCCUGUGACCGCACGGGUUUCCUCCAGGUGCUCUGGCUUCCUCCCAUGUUCCAAGGGUUAGUGGUUAGUAAACUGUGUUGGAACCAGAAGAAUGGCGACACUUGCAAGCUGACCUCAGCACACUCUUCAGAAUGUGCUGGUCAUUGAAGCACAACAGAUUUCACUGUAUGUUUCGAUGUAUAUAUGACAAAUAAAGU